GAUUUGGCUGUUGUCGUCAUGGCAACUUCAGGCUACACUGCUGAGGAGCUUCAACCCUCCCAGUCACAAGGGGGCAACGUCACGACAGCCUCAUCGACCCAGCAAAAAGCCACUUCUACCACCACGUCUCAGUUCCUGUCCGACAUGCAGAGCUCGCCGGGGUCUGCUUCAGCACAGACGGGCUCUAUCAUAAGAGUGCAGGCCACGCCCUCGGUCGCUCAAAAGAAAGUCCUGGCCACACCCCCUCAGGGAGCCGUGACCGCAGCGCAGUAUGUUGCAGGAGAGAUACAAAGCCCUGCCUCCCAGUCAGGAAACGGCCAAAGCGCCCAGCAGUACAUUGUGGUAACCGUUACCGAGGGCUCUCUUCACUCAAAUGACUCUGAAUCUAGCUCUCCUCCGGCAGGACAGACAGGUGUACCCACACAGGUAGUGCAGCAGGUGCAGACAGCACAGCAGAGGUCAGUUGUUCAGGCCACAACCAAGAGUCAAAGUGGACAACUGGGGGUCAGUAAUCUACACAUCACACCUGAGGUACAGCAUGUGUACUCAGGCCAGUUUGUGGAGGGAGACACCAACUACAACAAUACUGCAAUUCGUUCCAGUAGUUACCCUUUCACAGACUCCUCCCUCUACCCUCAAGCCACGCCCUCUGUCACUUACUAUGAGACCUCGCCCACCACCGGCUCGCAGGUCACGUCCCCUGCCACCACUCAGGCUGUGUCUGUGACAUCCGAUACGGGCACAGGGGUGGUCUCCAUGUUCUCAGACGGCAAUUCGGGGAUCACCGUGGUGGCUGGUGGGUCCUCGUCGGGAGUGGGCGGGGCAGGAGGCGUGGUCACCAGCGGAGGGGCGGGGAGUUACGUGAUUCAGGGAGGGUACAUGCUCGGCGGAGGGAACCAGAAUUUCUCACACAACACACGCGCUUCGCCUGCAACUGUGCAGUGGCUGAUGGAUAACUACGAGACAGCUGAAGGUGUAAGUCUUCCUCGCUGUACUCUCUACUGUCAUUACCUCCUGCACUGCCAGCAGACCAAGCUGGAACCCGUGAAUGCCGCCUCCUUUGGCAAACUCAUCCGCUCUGUGUUCAUGGGCCUCAGGACAAGACGCCUCGGCACCAGAGGGAACUCUAAGUACCAUUACUAUGGCCUUCGAAUCAAGAGCAACUCCCCCCUGCACAGACUGGUAGAGGACCAGCAACACCUGGCCAUGAGACAACAGCCGUACUCACAGAAACAGAGAUUAAAGCCUGUGCAGAAGGUGGAGGGACUGACCAAUGGAAUGGGCCUGGGGGUGGGGCAUCAACAAGGUGGGGGACUAUCCGACAUCAGCGCCCAGGUUCACCAGUAUCAGCAGUUUUUGGAUGCGUCUCGCAGUCUGCCGGAGUUCCCUGUGAUCGAGGAUGAGGGUAAAUCUCUGCCGGACGGACUCCUUCCUCAACACGUACUCACAUAUCAGCUGGUCUACAGAGAGCACUGCGAGGCGAUUCUGGACGUGAUGGUAAACCUGCAGUUCCCUCUUGUGGAGACGCUGUGGAAGAGCUUCUGGAGGUUCAGUGAAGGACAAACCAGUGACACGGACACACUUGACCUUAACGAUGAAUCAGAGAAGCGUUUGCCCAAGUCAGUUCUGGUUCUGUUGUGUAAAUAUGAGCCCGUCCUCAACUGGACCCGCGAAUGCGACAACUUGCUGUACCAAAGCCUAGUGGAGAUCCUCAUCCCUGAUGUCCUGAGACCCAUCCCCAGUGCCUUAACUCAAGCCAUCCGUAACUUUGCUAAGAGUCUGGAGAACUGGCUCACAAAUGCCAUGAUCAGCAUCCCAGAGGAGAUGGUCCGCAUCAAGGUGGUGUGUGCGGGAGCAUUCGCUCAGACUCUGCGGCGCUACACAUCUCUCAAUCAUCUGGCUCAGGCGGCCCGCGCUGUCCUGCAGAACACGGCUCAGAUCACACAGAUGCUCAGUGACCUCAACCGCGUCGACUUCACCAAUGUACAGGAGCAGGCCUCAUGGGUGUGUGGUUGUGAAGAUGGCAUGGUCCAGCGGCUGGAGCAGGACUUUAAAAUCACCCUGCAGCAGCAGAACUCUCUGGAGCAGUGGGCCGCGUGGCUGGAUGGGGUGGUCUCACAGGUCCUGAAGCCGUACACCGACAGCCAGACCUUACCCAAAGCGGCCAAACUCUUCCUGCUCAAAUGGAGCUUCUAUAGUUCAAUGGUGAUCAGAGAUCUGACCCUGCGCAGCGCAGCCAGUUUCGGCUCGUUUCAUCUGAUCAGACUGCUGUAUGACGAGUACAUGUACUACCUGAUCGAGCACAGAGUCGCACAGGCUAAAGGAGAGACGCCUAUCGCUGUUAUGGGAGAGUUUGCCUGUCUGAACAGAAGUCAGAGGUCAAUGGAUCCUGAUAAAGAUGAGGAAGAGGACGAUGAGACAGAUGAGACCGAUGAGGAUCAGGACAUGCCUGUUCCGGACAACUCUGUGGUUCUGGGGGACGAGUCACUGGAGCCGCCCACAAAACUGGCCAGAACAGAGCUGUUCAACAACACCACUCAAAACUAACACACACAUUCACACUUACACUGUCAGUCUGUGGAUAAAAUGACUGUAUGUGCUGAAGUCACUGCUUUCAGAGUCAGGUUCAGAUCUAAACACACUCUUCAGUUUUGCUGAGUUGUUAGAGGAAGUUCAGGUCAUUUACUGUAAGAAACACAGCGAGAAAUUGAUCAGUUGAGUUUCCUAAGGUGCAGAAGACCUCAGAGCUGCUAUAUGAGCUGAUGAAGAACGGUAACAUUCACAUGCCUUAAUUAAGCACACACACACACACACACACAUUUUCAUUGCCUUCAUUUUCUCAAUCAAAGCUGCCAUGUGUCUUUACUCUUAAAGGAACAGCUCACCCAAAAAUUAAAGUGUUCACCCUCACGUCGUUCUAAAGACUGUCUUUGUGUGUUCCGCAGAAGAAAAAAGUCAUACGGGUUUGGAACGAUAUGAGGAUGAGUGUAAAAAUGAUGACAGAAGUGUAAUUUUUGGCAAACUGUUCCUUUAAGAGUGCUGUUCUGAUAAAGUCCAUCUGCUCCAUGCUGCCAUAGAAAUCAUCCUUUGCCAAAGCCAAUCAUACCUUACCUAGACCUGUUCCUCAUUAAUAUUCAUGAGUGUAGUCAUGUAAGGUGUCACUGAAGAUUUUGCAUUUCACAGCUGUAACGCCACAUGUCCUCCCAUGCUUUCGACUUUUUUUUCUCUCUCUCUUUUUUUUAAUAUUAAUGAAAAUAUAUACAAUUGUUGUGCUUUAAUCAGAUGUCUAAUUUUGAUGCUUUGUGAUUCGAUCAGACUGAUGCUAAUGGAUCUAAUGUGCCUUCAGAGGAUUAUUCAAUCUAGAGAUCCAUAAAUGUAUAAAUAAAUGUCAAAAACAAUCAUGAGGAUGCUUUAAUUUUCUCAGUCUGGCAUCUGAUCAGGCCUCGUUCAUAAAAUAUGAGCAGAAUCAAUUCAGUGUAAAACCGUUUUCACGUAAUUAUCAUGUUCAAUUCAAUGCAAAAAUGUACAUAAAGAAUGAUUUCCACAGAUUCAUUCAGCUCAAGUUUCAUGAAUGAGGUUCAAUGUAUGUUUAAUCAUUGACCACUACAAUGAAUUAAAAGAGUCAUGUGUUCAUAAUGAGA